AUGACCUCCGAUGAGAUGAAGAAGAUAACCUUGAAGAGUGAUGACGGUGAGACCUUCGAGGUGGAGGAGGCUGUGGCCAUGCAAUCGCAGACCAUCAAGCACAUGGUGGAGGAUGAUUGUGCCAACGGUGCGAUACCUUUGCCAAAUGUGACUAGUAUCAUCCUAGCGAAGGUCAUCGAGUACUGCAAGAAGCACCAUGAAGAGCAUGUCGAUGGUGAGAACAAAGAGGACAUUAAGAAUUGGGAUGCUGGGUUCGUGAAGUUCUUAACAAAUUACAUCUUGUUGAUGCUCUUUUUCGGAGAGGGUCAAUUUAGAGAAAAGGGGUUUGUCUUCAGCAGUGGAGAAGGUGAGAACCUUCAGCAAGGGAAGAACCUACAGAAGACAAAGUGGGAGAAGCAGUCGUUAAGCUUCGGACACCGGCGUGGUGCCGACCGAAGGCUCUCUGAUGCUUAA